AUGUGGCUGGCCAAAGUGCUACUCGCCUUCUUCUGCCUUGCUUCCAGCACCUGUGGGAACUUAACCCCAGAUUUCUGUUCCCAGGUCCUUAACUCAGAUUUGAAGCCAGAAUUUCCCAAAUUAAUAAGGACCAAUGACGCAGGAGUCCUCAAAGCAGCCAGACACAGCGCACAGAAGUUCAACAACUGCACGAAUGACCUCUUCUUGUUCAAAGAGUUCCGAGUCAGCAAAGCUCUGGUACAGAUGCAGGGCCUGAAAUACAUGCUGAUGUUGGAAGUCAGUAGAACUACGUGCAAGAAAAACAGUUCUCCUCCUCUGGACAGCUGUAACUUCCAAACCAGCCCCACCCUGAAGUGGGUUCUGAACUGCUACUCUGAAGUCUGGGAUGUUCCCUGGCUGCAGAGCUUCGAGGUGCCUGUUCUCUACUGUCACUGACUUCCUUCUGCCUCCUCAGCAGACUUCGGCUUCAACAGACAUAUGUGUGAGCUCGUCCUCACCUUCGGCUGCAGCCCCGGGCCAGCUGUCAGAGACCCUCUCUGUCCUUCUCCCACAUGGGCAGAUGGAGGUGCCAGUGGGUCAUACACAGUGGCUGAGAUGAGAGAAUGAUAGCGUCUCUUGCCUAGAUUAAAUAUGUCUCAUUUUCUUCUAAAAUUAAUUGUUCUGAUGCUGUGGGUCUGGGCUUACAGGGCAUUGCUAGAGUAGGGGUCAGGGUAGAGCAGAUGGAGGCCAACCUGAGAGUCAGCGGGCUUCCUCACUGCCUUGACUCCAUGAGAGCCCCACAUCAUUCUCCUGGUCUGAGCAGUAGCACAACACUGUGGGGGGCCAGAUAUGCCACUAAUCUCUUGACCUUCAGUAGUUGAUUAAAGUUCUGAACAAAGAGCUAGUCACCUUUCACAGGGAGUCAGGAAGCUGAAGGUAGCAUUUCCAGAGUUCCCAUUCUCAGAGUGGUCUGGUGAGUUUUGUUUCCUUCCUUAAAGCCCCUCUGAUGCUUGUUGGUCAUUAACCGCUAGAUCUAAGCAGCCAGAACUAGGCAAGCUUGUCCUUGUCAAGAACAGGCAGGACACUGAUCCCCAAACUGGAAGAGCCCGCUUUCCAGGCAUGUUACUUCAGUAUCAGUGCCUUAGUUCUAGUUUUCCACUGCCUUUAAGGCAGGAGGGUUUGGAAGCCCUCAGUACAUGAGAAGCUAUACCUGGACAGGUGGUCUAUGGCAGAUGAUAGGGACCAUCCCCACAGAGCCAUUUGCUUGAAGAUGGCCUGGGGAUAGAAAAGAUAUGCAUGGGCCAGGGAGAAAAGACAGGCAACUGUGGGAACUGAGGGAACUGAAUGCCAGGCCCCAAGCAAAGAUAGGUACUGAAGUUGAGCUGCAGGGGAUAUGGGCUUGGAUCACAGAAGAGAAGCUCAGCAACUGGCUGGUGGCCAGGGCCUCUGAGCUUUAUUCUGAGAAGAGGUUGGUCCUAAGAAGCCU